AUGGCAGAGUGUACAGUAGCCCCAUUUGCAAUGGAGGACAGUGACCAUGAGGCUGAUUCACCCUCUGAUGACCAGGAUUCAACUCCAGCAUCCCCAGAGCCCAGGGAGCAUGUGGCUUUACAGAACUCCAACCUUUCUAAGGACGAAUCAGAAGACUCCGAGCUGGAGAACAUCAUGGGACACCACCCCCCUAAAGAGGGGCACCCAAACCGAGCCCACGGCCGACAUGGGGGGGACAGUGAGGGCGAGGGACAUUACAGCCCCCACACACCUGAGACGCCCACCUUUUUGAGGCCCCCGGCAUUGGGCAAGGCCUUGGGAGAGUUAGAGCAUGAGCAAAGGCACGUGGCCCAACGCAGCCAUGCGGACAUUAGCCUGCCGUCACCCAUCAGCCCCCCCAGGCCUAAAAGCCCCUGGGGUCUUUUUGACCCCUAUGACUCCAGCGAGGACCAAGACAAGGAAUAUGUGGGCUUUGCCACUCUACCCAAUCAGGUGCAUCGUAAAUCAGUAAAGAAGGGCUUUGACUUCACCCUAAUGGUGGCAGGAGAGUCUGGCUUAGGGAAAUCCACUCUUGUCAACAGUCUCUUCCUCACAGACCUGUACAAAGAUAGAAAGCUUCUUAAUGCUGAAGAGAGGAUUACUCAAACAGUGGAAAUUACCAAGCACACUGUUGACAUUGAAGAGAAGGGUGUCAAACUGAAACUAACUAUUGUGGACACGCCAGGCUUUGGAGAUGCAGUCAACAACACUGAGUGCUGGAAGUCAGUGGCAGACUACAUAGACCAGCAGUUCGAGCAGUACUUCAGAGAUGAAAGUGGCUUGAACCGCAAGAACAUUCAGGAUAACCGUGUACAUUGCUGCCUCUAUUUUAUCUCACCCUUCGGUCACGGUCUCAGGCCCCUGGAUGUCGAGUUCAUGAAAGCUCUUCAUGAAAAGGUGAACAUCGUGCCUGUUCUAGCUAAGGCUGAUACCCUCACACCGUCUGAAGUCAAGAAAAAGAAGAUCAAGAUUCGAGAAGAGAUUGAGCAGUAUGGGAUUAAAAUUUACCAGUUUCCUGAUUGUGACUCAGAUGAAGAUGAAGACUUCAAACAACAAGACCAAGAGUUGAAGGACAGCAUUCCAUUCGCUGUGAUUGGCAGUAAUACUGUGGUGGAGGCAAAAGGCAAACGAGUCCGUGGACGCCUGUACCCGUGGGGUAUUGUAGAAGUGGAGAACUCUGCGCACUGUGACUUUGUGAAGCUUAGAAACAUGUUAGUGCGCACACACAUGCAGGACCUCAAAGACGUAACCCGGGAAACCCACUACGAGAACUACCGUGCCCAGUGCAUCCAGAGCAUGACUCGCAUGGUCGUGAAGGAACGCAACCGCAAUAAGCUUACAAGGGAGAGCGGCACAGACUUCCCCAUUCCUAUGGUGCCUGGUAUAACAGACGCGGAAACGGAGAAACUCAUCAGAGAGAAAGACGAGGAGUUGCGACGAAUGCAGGAGAUGCUGCAGCAGAUCCAGGAGCAGAUGCACACACAGAAGGAAGCCUAUUAACCACUGCAUAGACCACUCUAGACACAACCUAGAUGUCACUUCAGUCUCUCCCACCAGUCCUGAGUCAUUUAUUCCCACCUACUGUCCAGCCCCUCCCCUAACUCCUCCAUUCCUCACCACCAUAACCAUUCACAACCAAACUCUGACAGACCAACAGGACAGCCAACACACCACGGGUGAAUCCUGCAUCCAUCCCAGCAAGCCUGUCUCUGAAGCGUAUGCCUGAAGUCCACGUAUGGCUGGAUGUUUCCAUGCGUGCUUUUGUGUGUCAGACCCAAAGGGAAAGAGAGAUCUCUGUCCACUAUUUUCAGUCACCGAUUACAGCGCAUGGUCUUCUUAUUCGAAACAUAGUCAUGUUUCUCACUGUAUCAAACGCAACACCUGUGGUUGUUAUUGUCAGUGUAGCCAGAGUUUGGCAUGAUAGAGUUUAUCAGAUGUACCAUAAUUACGGCCUUGCUUAGAGAUUACGAGGAAAGACGUGCUUUUAUCUUUCCAGUAGAUUCAGUUGUGUCUUCUGGCCUGCUUUGCUAAUGUUAAUGCGUGAUUUGCUUAGAUAAUUUAGGGGCAUGAAUACAAUAUUACUGUAUUUAUUCAGUGAAAGGUUAUGUCAGUGAAACUAG